AUGAUGAUUGAAACGCAUAUAAACUCUAAUCACAUGUUGAAUUCUGGUUUGUCUAACAAAUCGGAAAUAGAUAAAAUGGAUGAUGUAGGUUGGAAAGCCAAAUUAAAAAUUCCACCAAAGGAUAAGAGAAUUAAAACAAGUGAUGUUACUGACACACGUGGUAACGAAUUUGAAGAAUUUUGCCUAAAACGUGAGUUAUUGAUGGGAAUUUUUGAGAAGGGAUGGGAGAAACCAUCACCGAUCCAAGAAGCUAGUAUUCCCAUUGCACUUUCUGGUAAGGACAUCUUGGCACGAGCGAAAAAUGGAACUGGCAAAACUGGAGCAUACUCGAUUCCAGUGCUGGAACAGGUUGAUCCGAGAAGAGAAGUAAUUCAAGCAUUGGUGAUUGUACCUACAAGAGAAUUAGCACUACAAACAUCACAGAUUUGUAUCGAACUUGCAAAACAUAUGGAUAUAAAGGUUAUGGUCACCACUGGAGGAACUAAUUUACGCGACGACAUUAUGAGGAUUUAUCAAAAAGUACAAGUAAUAAUUGCAACGCCAGGAAGGAUUCUUGAUCUAAUGGAUAAGAAUGUGGCAAACAUGGAGCAAUGUAAAAUUUUAGUUUUAGAUGAAGCAGACAAACUGCUGUCACAAGACUUCAAAGGAAUGUUGGAUCAUGUUAUAUCGAGAUUGCCACAUGAACGUCAGAUUUUAUUGUAUUCAGCUACAUUUCCUCUGACUGUAAAACAAUUUAUGGAGAAACACUUGAGAGAUCCAUAUGAGAUUAAUUUAAUGGAAGAGUUGACUUUAAAAGGCGUAACACAAUAUUACGCUUUUGUACAGGAACGACAAAAAGUUCACUGCCUUAACACGUUAUUCUCAAAGUUGCAAAUAACGCAAAGCAUAAUCUUCUGCAAUUCAACGCAACGCGUAGAAUUAUUGGCUAAGAAAAUAACGGAUCUUGGAUAUUGCUGUUAUUACAUACACGCGAAAAUGGCGCAGGCGCACCGCAAUCGCGUGUUUCAUGAUUUCCGUGCAGGAUUAUGCCGAAAUCUCGUGAGCAGUGAUCUAUUUACCCGUGGUAUUGAUGUUCAAGCUGUGAAUGUCGUAAUUAAUUUCGACUUUCCGAAAAUGGCAGAGACAUAUCUGCAUAGAAUCGGUCGAUCUGGAAGAUUUGGCCACUUAGGUAUAGCAAUUAAUCUAAUCACGUACGAGGAUCGCUUCAACUUACAUCGUAUCGAACAAGAGCUUGGAACAGAAAUUAAACCUAUCCCAAAGGUGAUAGAUCCUAGUUUGUAUGUAGCGAGACCAGAAGACAAUAAUAGUAUGGAAGAAGGUAAUGUGUCCAAGUAGUUUCGAUACUCUGUUGCAAAAUGAAGCUUUACAAGCGCUCAAAAAGUUUUAAGUGAGAAGAAUGUGUGAUUGUGACUCAUUUAUGUAAGGCAUACAUUGAGAGUGAACUCAGUUUGAAAGUGAAAUUUGUCACAGUGAAGGGGUGUCUACCAGUGUAUUAAAGACAAAACAGUGCUGCAAAUGAUUUAAGUAAAGAAGUGCUCUGUACAAACAGAAAUUGAAAACUUCAAUUAUCAUUGUAUUAAAAAAGAAAAGGAUGAAAGUUCACUUGUAAAUAAAAUAUACUAAGCAUGCGUAAUAAGUGAGCUGAGUGAUUGAUGUGGCGCGUGAAUGUUGGUAUGAGUCAUUCUUUGUAUAUAAAUACAUUUAAAUGUACAUAAGCUAAAGCAAAUCAGAGUCAAGCCAUUAUCAAGAUGCACAAUAUGUAAACAAAUAUGUGAAUAACAUAAUAAUCAAUCAUUGCAUUUUAUCAUAAUUGUAAAUACUACAUGCGGAUACACAUAACAUCGUUUUAAUAGAAGAUUUUUAUACAACAGCUUCAUUCUUCCAGUAUUUUUUUGCUUCUGUUUUCAUCUAAUACAAUGAAGAAAAGGGGCAUAUAUAAUUUAGAAAAAAGAAAUCGGCCAAUCUCAUUGAGUACAGCAUACUAAUCUAUAUGCUCAUUACUUUUGUACUGUCAUGCAUAUAUAUACAUAUAAAUUGCCCUUAGACUUUAAUAAUCUUAUACACAUAUAAAUUGCUCUUAGCAAUUUAAUAAAAUUUGGAAUAUUAAGUAUCAGUUGUAAUGUUUGAUCAUGGCUUGAUUUUGCUAUCUGUCAAUAUUGUCAUACAACUCUGAAAUUCAAAUCACUUGUCAAUGUUAAAACAAUCUUUUUUUUUUCUGUGUAUUUAAUCUGCUUUUCUUCUUUCAUUGCUAGAAUUUUCUUUUCCUUUUUUCUUUUUUUUUUAAUGCAAUUGGAUUUUCUUUUUACAGUACUGUGAUUGAGAAUCAGAGGUUGUACAAUUGACUAGUUUUAUAUAAUUAUUUUUUAUAAACAACUGGCUGGUGGACUCCAUUAAACAAAGGUCCUAUUCUGAUGCUGAUAAUAACGUAUAUGUCUACAAUCACAAUCUACGUUUAAUCAUGCAACAGCAUUCUAUCGAGACUGAGAUUUAACAAACAAAUUUCAAGGAUUAAUUGCUGAAAUUAUAUAAUGAGUAAUGCAAAAUAGAGUGAAUGUAGACACAUGAAACUAAGCAUACAUGCUAAAUCAUAUGCAAUGUACAAAUAGGGUGCAUCACUAUUAUAUUGUAUCUCUCAUAAAAAGGUAAAAUAAUUGCCAAAGUUAUAUAUUAUUGAUAAUAUCGAUUAGAACCUCCAAAAAUCUCCUUUGGAGGGAUUUUUAUUCUUUGUCUAUACAGCACUUUACUUAAACAUUUAUAGUAUUGUUUUGUCUUAAUACUGUUAAACAUCCUUUCACAAAUUGUAACAAAUUUUGAACUGAUUUCAAUCUUUCCAGUGAAUUUAAAGUUCAUUUCUCAAUUACAAUUACUCAGCUCACUUAUUAGUAUACUUAGUGUUUUACAAGUAAAUUUUCAUCUUUUUCUUGUUUAGUACAAUAAUUAAAAUUUUCAAUUUGUUUGUACAAAGCAUUCUUUUAUUUAAAAGGAUUAAAUACUGUGACAAAUUCCAUUUUUGAAGUGAUUUCAUAAAAUUUGAACAAUGAAUGUCUUAUAUAAAUGAAUUAUAAUCACACAUUCAGUUAAAACAUUUUAAUCUUCAUGGAGGUUCUUGGAGAUUUUAUGUCGAAAUUCUAUCUGCUCUAUUUUUACAUUGCAGUAUGAUUCAGUGUGUAUGCCUAGCUUCACAUGUCUACAUUCACUCUAUACUUUGCAUUAUAAAUGCUAUAUAAGUAAUUAAUCCCUGUAAUUUUUUUUUGUUCUCUUUUGAUCUCUUGGAUAAAUACAUGCAGGGAAACAUGCAAGCAUAUAGAAAAUUCAUUGUUUGCAAUGCGUGACUAUAACCGAAAUUUAUAAUUUGAAGCCCACCAGCCAAUUUGACUUAGGUUUAUGAAUGCGAGAUUCGUACAGAUGAUAAUACAGGCGAUACCAAAAUAUUUCAUGUUUGAGACAAAUCGUCUUUAAAUGAAAUAUUAAUGGUGUGAAGGUGGUUUAAAAUGUAUUUAGAGUUGCGGUGUCAGUAAUGGUGAGCUUAUCAUGGAGACUGUAGGAUAGAUGUACAGUAAUGAGAUAAUAAUUGCUGACACACACAAAAAUGUGAGAGGAAAGUGAUAUUGUGAAGAUUGAACAUUGAACAGAUGUGUGUUGAUCCAGACAAAUGGUUGUUCAUUUUAAUCUACAAAAGUAUAAGUUACUUCAUACGUGCUAAUUAAAAUUAGUAUUAAAUUUUUGGCACUAUUAUAUUAGGCGCAACAGUAGCUUACUCGUUGGUUUCGCAUUUUUCCGUCGAGACGUAACCAACUUGACAGAUAUACGAUUACAUACCCAUGCGAUUCUGUUCAUUAUAACAUACCGUUUCCCUGCACGUGUUUAUCCAAGAUUUCACGAAGAUUUUUGGAGAGAGAUUCUAUUAAUAUUAUAUAUUUCAUAAAUCACAUACUUGUCGAUAUCUAUGAAAAGAAAAAUUUAAUGAAGCUCGCGAUUAUCGUUUUUGUUUACCAUUUAUUUAUGUUAUUAUCUUGGAACUUGGAACUCCCAUUUCGCAGACACGCUUAGAUUCUUCUAACUAUUUUCUUACAUUCGUAGUUGCAUAUAAUAACGAAAUGCGUGCUGAAACGAAAAGUGGCACAAUAAUUAAAAUAUGUUUGAGUACGACUUGCUGUGCUUACCGAUAUAUAUGCUUUUUGAUCUUACUUUUCUAUUUGUUUCUUCGAUAAUCUACGAUUUGACAAAACUUCUCUUUUAACCACGAUUUAGCUGCUGUUGUGACUUUUAUACUGGCAAAUAAAAAUCUCUUGAGUGCAGGUAUAGAAGUCAGUGUUGAUACUGUGAGAAUUUUGCCAUUGGUGAUAUACAUAUAAUGUCAAUCCGAUGCUCUUUGAUCAAAAUACUAUCUUCUGCUUGAAAGUAGAUAAUAAUGUGAAGGAAGAAACCGUAAUAUAUAUUAGAUUAUGAUGUAAUAUUGUAUACAAAUCUGAUCGAUCAAUACGGGGCGACAUUAUUAUUUGUGAACAUUUCUAUAAUAGGUAAAACAAUUUAAAUUAUAUAUUAUUAUUGGAUUUACUUUUCCAAUUAGAAAAACGUGUGAUUCAACAAAUUGAUUUAGAAAAUCUCAUGAAACGGAUAUAAGCAUCAUGUAUCAUGCACAUGAUAUAAAAUCUUGCGAUGCACGCGAAUAUUGGGAAGGAAAUUGUUAAGAAAUUAACGGGAAACAUGAUGCGUGAAUAAAUACUAACACUAUCACGUUUUCAUUUCUAAAAUGAAAAUUGUUUAUAUACAAAUUAGCAGCAAAUUUAUCAAAAGUUAUAUUACAUCUUAAUUUGCUGCAUAUACAUUUAUGUUGUUUAUAUAAUAUCUUUCUCUGAUCUUUUUUCUUCAAAUAUGUUUACCGAAUAUGCGAUUAUUAUUAUAUCUUUAUUGAUCAAUUCUCAAAUGCUAUAUAUAUAUAUAUAUCAAAUCAAAAUUUUGGCUGGCAAAGGAAAACGGUUAUUUAUGGUAUAUUUAGUGCUAUGAUUAUAAUAUUAUUAUGAUAACGUUGACACAAACAAAAUUUAAUAAAUUAUCGUAAAUCGUAGCAAAUAUAUAUAUAUAUAAUAUAUAUAAUUGCUGGUUUUUCGAUUUACUUUGAUCUUUGAAAGCCUUUAUUUUAUAUAUGGUACGUCACAUGGUAACGUCACCAUCAUUAUCUGGCAAAUUAUUGUUUGUUUUUAUUAUCUCUCGUUGAAGCAGAACAUAGUAAUUUGAUCAUAGACUGCCCCCAUUUCGGGUUGACAUUAUAUGUACUUAAUAUAUAAACACAAAUGGGUUCGACGGAAUAACUAAUUUUUUCGCCACUAUAAUCUUCGAAACGUUCCCGUUUGCAAACUACGAAAAUCUGCUUUUAUUCUGUUAGCUUCUUCUAUUAUUCUUAUUUUGCUUACAACAAUUUCGAAAUUUUUUUUUGGCAAUCUUACAGAGACUAAGGAGGGGAAAAACUUAGUCUUAUUGCGCUGUAAUUGGAAACAUCGAUAGAUCCAUUUUAUGGAGUCUAUUUUGCGAAAUGUAUUUUAUUCAACUUUUGAAAGAGUCAACUAGCCCGUGCUAAUAAGCAAACAUUAAUCUUCUCAUCUAAAAUCUUAUAGACAUUUUGUAAACAAUUAUGAAAAUUUUCUAGUCAAAAUUAUUUUCAAAUUUAAAUUCUUAUUUAUUUUGAAAUACGAUAUUUAAAUAUAUAUAUUUUAGAGACCUAUGCAAACGAGAAAAAGAGAAAGAUAUUACGUUUGUUUAUUAAUAUACAUAAUCUACAAAAUUGCGUGCUUUACUUGACUCUUUCUAAAGAAUGAUGUUUAUGCGAAGUGGAUAUAUAAACUUAGAAAAAAGUGGGCUUAAAAAUACAAAAAAAAAAAAAGAAGAAGAAACAUUGAUUAGCAAUGUUACGUGAGCAGACUGAAGAAUGUGGUAAUUUGCCGUUCUUAUAUUUCAUAUUGCAGACGAAUAUCCUUUUCCAAAAAAUGCUGGAAGAUAAGUUAAUAAAUAUAUAUGUCCGUGACACAUUUUGCAACUGCCAAAGUAAAUCUUUUUUACUUUGGUAUUUUGUUUUAUUACCACGUCUUCUCGUCUGGCCCACGAAAUAUCUCCAAGUGCGGUUCCAAUAACUUAUCUUGGAUAUAACAAGGAAUGCCCUUGUGAAAUGAAAGUAAGCGAAUGUAAUUCGUACGACGUAGAAAUACGUAUUUCGGAAGUAAAUAUGUUAACAUCCGGGUGCAUGCGAGAAUUGCGGAGGACGCUCCCCGAUCAUCUAGGGGAGGGAGUAAAUCUUAUUUCUUAAUAUCUACGAUUUAAAUCGUAAAAGUGAAGGGGAACAUCUUAAAAACGAGCUCUCUAAUUAGAACAUCGUAGAUCUCGUACCUUCGUCUGAAUUUAUAUUUCCAUUGGUUAAUGCGGCGAGCUGCGUGCAAGCACAUUCUCAACAAACGAAAUAAGAAUCUAUCGCAUCGUGGAAACUUAAGCGGCCAGACAAACAAUCUUUCCGCGUUCGAAUAACAUACGCAGCUCGAUUUUAAUGGUAUUGGAAUUAGAUCUCCAAUACAUAUGUGAAACACAAAAAAAACAAAAAAAAAACAAAAAAAAACAAAAAAAAAAGUAUAAUUCGUUUGAAAUGUAAAACAAUAUCAGUUUAUCGACUAUACCCAUGCUUUACCGUUUUGUUAAAGAACUUAUUAUUAUAUACUUGUGUUUAUAUCAAAUUGCGGAACCAAUUCUGGCUAAACGGAAUAUCUGAACAGCGUAUUAUAUAAUACCCUUUGUUAUUAGUAUUAAUAUUGCUAUAUUGAUAUUGCUAUAUUAACGAAAUAUGAACGAAGAGAAUUUUCGAUACUAUAUAACGGACAUCGAUUUAUUUUGUGACGUUGAAAUCUGAGAAUUUCGGUUGUUCGUAAAUACAAGCGGCGUAACAUUGCGGAAUUUUUCUUGUGCGGCUCUUAUAAUUCUCUAUAACUUUUUUGCGUUUGUAUUUUAUAAGUGAAAUAAUUAAAAUCGCAUACGCAAUUAAUAAAAAAAAUAUAUUAUAAUAUCAAAAUGAUUUCGCAAUGUUAUGCAGUAUCCAAAUAACUCGCGACUCACGCGUAAUUGUGCGCAAAUGAAAUACUCUGUAUUUCUGAUUUUUAAUAUGCAUUUGUCAAGACAAUUAUUCUCGUUAUCUGUUAUCGUUUCGAAAAAUAUUUACAAAAGCAAAAUUACAAGCUGUUUCCGUGUUCCAGCAAUGUUAUUGUUUUUCUUUUCCUAAAUUGUAAAGAUGGGUUUGCGCAUGACUAUAUAUGAAAACAAUAUUUUUUUUUUAUUUAUCUUUGUCACUCUGUUAGCUCAAACCCAGUCUAAUAAAUCGUAUGUCAAUUUUGUUUCCUAAAGGGACAAAACAGCAAAACUCGUCUGUGUCGUCCCUUAAUAAAAAUUCUGUUUCAGUA